AUGCGUUUUCAUCUUGCUACCAUCGGUGCGGCUCUUUAUGCCACCACUGCCCUCUGCGCUAUCGUCACUCUUCAACGUGUUAAUGGAACUUCCUGCAUCCUGUCAAUCAAGAACUUGGGCCCUUUCACGGGCGCCUCGGAAACAAUCGGGACCUACUAUCCAAAUAACAACACCUGCAGCGACUAUGUCCCCGGAAUUCCAAUAAAUCUUUUCAGUGCUCCGAUUGCUGUUGAAGCCCAAGGCUCCCAGCGGCUUGAAUAUCUGAUCCUGUACUACUUCUAUCCCGGUGAACAGCCCGCAGGGACUGUGGUUAUAGAUGGUCCCUACAAAAAGAACGACACGUACCAAUGGCACUCGAGGAUUAAUCCUAGUCUCGUCGGUAUUCCCGAGAAUUUUUCUGUCCUGAAUGGUCUGCCACCUGGCGUUGUACUGUAG